UCUACCAAAUAAAUAACAGAUUCAGAGAUACAGCCAAAAAUCAAAACAACAACGCUAUGGAUAAAAUGCCGGUUAAAUUAAAUUUGCUGAGCAACUUUAAUAAAUGGCCAAGUCGGGUAGUUACCAUACGUUAUUCAACGUCGUCAGAAUUAAGUUCAGUUUCUUUCUUUUACAUUCUGCUCUCCGGGCAAACGGACGCAAAUCUCGAAGAUGGCUGAUUCAGGCAAAAAAAAAACAAAACGUGCAGGAAAAAAAUUCAAAAAAAAUGCUCCUCCUCCUCUUAAACUGCCUACUGAGCAACCAGGCCCCUCGGGAUCUGAUCCAAAAAGCCCACCAAGUGCAGGAUCUAGCGUACAAAGCCCACCAAGCGCAGGACCUAGCGUACAAAGCCCACCAAGCGCAGGACCUAGUGUACAAAGCCCACCAAGCGCAGGACCUAGUGUACAAAGCCCAACUGCUGCAGGGCCUGGUCCAAAAAGUUCAUCAACAGCAGGACCUGCAUUAAAACGCACACCAGCCAAAGAAACCGGUUUACAAAGCACACCAGCUGGAGGACAUGGUUCAAAAACUCCAGGACCUCAACAAAAAAGCCGACCAGCUGAAAAACUUAGCCUACAAAGCCCAUCAGCUCCAGGACCUAGUACACAAGAGCCACCUGUCUGGCCCCCUCCUUCACAAAAGAAGCUCAGUCUUCCACAAGAGAGCAAGGCUGAGCACAGAGCAGCACCGUCAGUCCGUGAACAACCUCCUGGUGACGUACAAAUAGAACAGAAAUUACAAUCAAUACAUAUAGGUGAAAAACCAACUGAAUCUGGGAGUAAAUCAAAGGGAGCAUCAAUUUUACGUACCAGGCCAAUUGAAUUGGAUUCCAAAAAAGGUAUGUCGGGAACACUAGUAGAUGUCAAAGCAAACUAUUUCACUGUGGAGACUACACCAAAAUGGUGUUUAUACCAGUACCAUGUAGAUUUUUCACCAGAUGAAGACAGUACUGCCGUUCGGAAGGCACUAAUGCGGAUCCAUGCCAAAACAUUUGGGGGGUACUUAUUCGAUGGAACUGUCUUAUAUACCGUCAAACGAUUACGUCCAGACCCAUUGGAACUAUUUUCUAUUAGGAGUAAUGAUGAACAAAGGAUGCGGAUUUUGAUCAAAUUAACGUGUGAUGUCGCUCCUGGUGAUUAUCACUACAUUCAGAUCUUCAACAUCAUAAUAAGGAAAUGCUUCCAAAUUCUGAAAUUACAAUUGAUGGGCCGCGACUAUUUUGACCCGUUAGCAAAGAUUGACAUACCUGAAUAUCGGCUACAAAUUUGGCCAGGGUAUAAAACAACAAUUAAUCAAUAUGAAGAUCGUUUGCUAAUGGUAACUGAAAUAACGCAUAAAGUUUUGCGGCUAGAUACGGUUCUACAAAUGAUAUGUGAUUAUGCCGAUUCGAAGGGAGCCAAUUAUAGAAAGAUAUUCCUGGAAGAUAUAGUGGGUAAAAUUGUGAUGACUAUAUAUAAUAAAAAAACUUACAGAGUUGAUGACGUAGCAUGGCAAGUCACACCAAAGGAUACAUUUAAAAUAAGAGAUGGUAGUAUAACGUAUGUGGAUUAUUAUAAAAACAAAUAUAAUUUAAUUAUCCGUGAUCUCCAGCAGCCUUUACUAAUAUCCAGAUCAAAGCCACGUGACAUCCGCGCUGGGAUGCCUGAACUGGUGUAUCUAGUGCCCGAACUGUGCCGGCAGACUGGAUUAACUGAUGAAAUGAGAAACAAUUUCAAAUUAAUGAAGGCCCUUGAUAACUAUACUAAAGUCGGCCCCGAUGUUCGUAUACAAAAACUAUUGCAUUUUAACAAACGAUUGACCCAAAACCGUGAGGUCCUCAAGGAAAUGGCUGAAUGGUCACUUACUUUAUCGAAAGAUUUAGUGAACUUCAAAGCGCGCCAACUACCUCCCGAAAAUAUUUAUCAAGGCAACAACGUAUCGUAUCAAGCUGGAGAUACAGCAGACGGCUGGACACGUAGCAUGCGGUCUCACCCUCUGCUGGCUAUUGCUCAAAUGCCGUCGUGGGUAGUGAUAUCUCCGGAUAGACUGCAGCGUGAUACUGAGGGUUUCAUAGAAUUAAUUACGAAAACAGCGUACUCUGUGGGCUUACGUAUGCCCAAGCCGGAAUUAGUGUUAAUUAAAUAUGACAGUGCGAUGGAAUAUGCCAGCCAGUGCGAGACCGCUAUAGCUCGCAAAAAUCCGGCGAUGAUAUUAUGUGUAUUAACGCGUAAAGUCUCAGACCGGUAUGAAGCGAUCAAAAAGAAGUGUACGGUGGACCGUGCUGUUCCCACUCAAGUAGUGUGUGCUCGUAACAUGACAGCCACCUCCGCUAUGUCGAUUGCUACUAAAAUAGCAAUUCAAAUUAAUUGCAAGCUCGGUGGUGCGCCGUGGAGAGUUACUAUACCUCUCAAAGGCUGUUUAGUAAUAGGCUAUGAUGUAUGUCACGACACACGCAGCAAAGAGAAAAGUUUCGGCGGGUUUGUCGCUUCACUAGAUGAUCAUUUGACAAAGUUCUAUUCUGCCGUCAACUCGCAUUCUUCUGGAGAGGAAUUGAGCAACCAUAUGGGCUUCAAUAUGGAAACAACUUUAACUAAAUAUAAGAUGAAAAACGGUAGAUUACCAGAUAGAAUUUUCAUAUACCGUGAUGGUGUAGGUGAUGGACAAAUUCCUUACGUGUAUAGCCAUGAGGUAGUGCAGAUAAAGAAGAAGCUAGCAGAACUGUAUGGCGGUGCACCAGUAAAGAUGGCAUUCAUUAUAGUCUCCAAGCGCAUUAACACGCGUAUAUUCUUGAAUCGCGGACAAGGCGAAAAUCCACGGCCCGGAACUGUUAUCGACGACGUCAUUACCCUUCCGGAGCGCUAUGACUUCUAUUUGGUCUCACAAAAUGUCCGGAAUGGAACUAUAUCACCAACGUCGUACAAUAUAAUCGAGAACACAACAGGGAUGCAUCCGGAUAGACUACAAUGGUUGACGUACAAGUUGACCCACAUGUACUUUAACUGCUCCGCACAAGUCCGCGUCCCAGCCGUGUGCCAGUACGCGCAUAAGUUGGCGUUCUUGGCAGCAAACAGUCUCCACAGCCAACCACACUACACCAUGACGGAUACCCUGUACUUCCUGUAAACUGAUAUUAACUGUAUACAAAGUAGUGUCAAACACUCAAUCAUUUACAUCGAGAAUACGUUUCCAUUUACUUUUACUUGCAUUUAAUUUGCAAACUACGUUUUAAUAUUUGAUCUGUUUUUUAUUUAUUUAUUAUUGAGAUUUUAUCUCAGAAAGAAUUUUAUUGUAAGGAUGUGUUAUAUAAAUCGUGUUAUAUAAAUCUUCGGUACACAAUACACACGUGUCUGAUCCUUUCAGUAGAAGGGUAGUGGUAGCGCAAAAAACUUCUUCUUUCCUAUAAACUAAACUUUAAAAGAAUUAGUUAUAAGAGAGAGACAGAAGGAUCACUUAAAUUUGCCUUAAAUUAGACCUUUUGGGCAUUGCCACUAUCAAUUUUGUAUAUGUACUUCACGGUUGUUGUGAAAUACUUUAUACAUACUUGUUUUUAUGUUAUAUAACUUUUCUUGUCAUUUUGUAAAAAUGUCAUGUGUGUUGAAAUUAUGAUGUUCACAUAAAUAUUAUGUUACUGUAAAAGUUUUACUGGUAAACCUUAAGGUUUACCUUAAUUCGGGCUUUUGCAGUAACAUAAUAUAAAAAGUAUGUAGUAUGUUAAGUUUUGCGCAACUUUGUUGUGAUUUUAUUUACUAACUCUGAUAUUUUUUACUUAUUUUUAAUAUAUUUAUUUUUGUUUUAAA